UAAUUGCUUUGUACAAGGAACUCCAAAGGAAGUGAACCGCUUAAGGCGUUGUUUAAUGAUUGAUGUUUUUUUCCCUUUAGUUUCUUGUGAUUCACUUUUCCACAUUUCAGUUUGAACUUUCUAUCUCACGUUUCAGCUUGAACUUUCCAUCUGUAGUGAAACAUGGAGGGUAAAUUUCUGGUGUGUGUUGUCCUCGUGCUACAGUGUAUGGGUGUUCUUGGUGGGCUUCAAAAGGACAUCAUAGUACCAGGUGAUGGUAAAACGUACCCAGAGGACAGGUGGACAGUGAUGGUGCAUUACACAGAGAUGUUUGAGAAUGGCACUGUGAUUGACAGUUCCAAAGGAAGAAAACCCCUGUUCUUUGUCGUUGGUGAAUCCAUCCCUGCUCUGAACGAAGGCGUCAAAAGUAUGAGUAAAGGAGAAAUCUGUCAGUUGAGCGCAACUUCGGACUUGGCUUACGGAGAGGAGGGGAAGCCAGGACUGAUUCCACCGAACACCCCCCUGGUCUUUGAGCUUCACUUGGUGGAUGCCUGGAACAAACCUUUGUACAUCUCUCUAGAAGACGUGGUCAUCGCUAACUAGCAACGAGGCCCUAACACUGAACAAACUGACUGGUCUGAUGGGAGUCCAGCAGUAUAUAUGUACACAUUUUUCCAUGUGUAAUAAUCCUUCAGAUUUCCACUUUUUUAUUUUGGUAAAUUCUAUAGUAAUAAAAGAAAUGUGGCUAUUC